GUCGAAGUGGCACCUGUACUGGGAUGAGCCGCCUCGGACUCGCCUUCCUCGCCGGCUUCGCAGGUGCCGGACAGGUCACCGUGGUUGCGACUUCUUGCUCUCUACAAGAUCUUGCAGAGAAUUGGAGGAACCAGUUUGUCCCCGCUGUCCACGUUGCAGUAUUGAUCCGUUCGUUGAGCGCUACGGCGGUCGUUUGCUCGGAGGGGCUGAAGCUGAAGGUACUUCAGGAUCCACAGAGCCUUCAAGCUUGUGGGAUUCUCAACGGCUAACGCCAAUCCUCUUUGCGAACUGUGUGAUCAUAGGCCUGUCUGCUGGUCUUGCUGGCUACGACCAUGGUGCAGCAAGUGGCGCAUUGCAGAACCUGGUGGCUCUAAAAGGUUUGAAGCGCCAGCGUCAUUUUGGACCUCUCCUCCAAGGAUGGGUGGUGGCAUCAGCCUGGGUCAGCAACAUCAUCGGGAACUUGAGUGGUUACUACAUGCCCACCCCACGGAUUGCGCUGAUUGUCGCGGGGCUGCUUGAGACCUCCGGCAGUUUACUCACUGGCUUUGCUCCAACUUUGUCCUUUCUCAUCAUGGGCCGUUUGGUCAAUGGCUUUGGCCUUGGUCUCAAUGCAGUGGCUGUUGCCCAGUACGUCAGCGAGGUUGCACCCGCAAAUGCAAGAGGCGGUGCAAUUGCAGUGCAAGAGACAACCUUUGUGUCUGGUGCAUUCAUUGGCGCAUUGGUUGGACAGCACUUUCUGCGGAUUCGGCACGGUUGGCGUACAAUUUGGGGUUUAGCAUCCUUCUUUGGUGGCUUGGCGACCGUGACCAUGCUGCGGAUGCCGGAUACGCCGAGGUCCAUCUAUCGACGGGCAGCUCGCAGUGCAGCGACUGAGACAUCACAGACACCCGAAGCAGCGCAGCGGCAUUUGCUGCAAGUUCUGGAGGAGGCUCGCCGUGAGGCUAUGAGCACGAUGUGUCAGCUUCGUGGUUUGGACUUCCCAGACCAAGCGAUGCUUACUGAGCUUGAGGCCAUCGAGAGAACGUAUGUCUCUGAGCUGAACUUGCGGGGUCGCGCCUCUUCUUCAGACGGACCUCAGGAAUGGUGGCAAGAAGAGUUGCCCUUGCUGGAGAUCUUGCAGUCACCUGUCCAUCUACGCCUUCUACUCGCAGGCUGUGCAGUGAAUACAUUGCCUGCACUGAGUGGUUCUGAGGCUCAGAUGAACUAUGCUGGGCAGAUGUUUCGCAUGGUUGGCUUCCACUACCAGGAUGCGGCUUCCGCAGCUGUGAUGAUGUAUGGGCUAAAAUUGGCAAUGGCUGCGCCCAGCUUCAUGUGGUUGGAUGCGGUUGGACGAAGAACACUGCUAUCGUAUGGCUUGAGGGGGGUGACAGCCUGCUACGGUCUCUCUGCUAUUGGUCUUGCACUUCACAGUCCUCACAUUUCUGGAGUGGGAAUGUUGGCAUCACAGGCCAUAUACCAGAGCUGCGUUGGGCCCAUUGCAUGGAUUGUCAGUUCUGAACUCUAUCCGUCUGACAUGCGGGCGAGAGGUUGUGCCCUGGCUUCGGCCACCUUCUCCAUUACAACUUUGCUUUCUGUUCAGUUCCAUCCCUUGCUGAUUUCUAGGGGACCAUUCACCGUCUUCGCAACCUAUGCGGCCACUGCACAGGCUGCCUGGCUGCUGACACGUGUGACCGUCCCCGAAACCAAAGGGAGGUCCUUGGAGGAGAUCCAAGAAGAAGCUUUCCAAGGUCGCCUUUUCAGGCGGACAUCGAUAAUGGAGGGCCGGUCGCUAUUGGGUAUUGAGCCAGAGCCAGAUGCCGCUGGCUGA